AUGAAUUCGACCGAGAUCGAACCUAAAGCCACGAAGCACGCCGCAGAGAUUCAUCUCCAAAUCCGGGUCUUGUUGGCCAUCUGCGUCCUGAUUUAUAUCGUCACAGCCCUCUGGGUCCUGUUGAGAAGCUAUUAUAUUACCACGCUGCAUCUGGACCUCAGUGCCAUCUUCGAUCCGUCGUUCUCGGCUCCCACAGCCACAGAGGAAGAGAGAAGACUGAAUCUGCUGGAACGAGUCGCACCGACCAAGCCGUUUCUAACGUGGUGGAAAUCGGUUCAAACCGAGCGCAGCCCCCUCAAAGACUACGAUCGUGUAUUUGACUGGUACGCACCUUGUCUUUCCUGGAAAACCGUCUACCGUGGAACGAUCUCAUUUGGACUCACACCUUGCCAGCGCAAUUUGCCUCGAGCCCGUUUCUAA